AUGCCCCUCCAACGCCCCAAUUUUAUGAGACUAUUGAACUGCUUCUCUGCUACUAGCACUCUGUUAAUCUUACUACCCUUUCUUCUUCCUUGUAUUUUCUUUGGCUUCGUUUUCAUUAUAUUUCUUUUCGUUUUAAUUUUACCAUUCUUGUGUAGCUUUAUAUCCUCUUGCCUCAUCUUUAAGGUUGUAUUUCUAGAAAUGAAGCAUAUCCCAUUUUUUGGGACGAAAUUUGGAACCACUAGGUCCAGGACUGUUGGAGGAGACUCAAAGUAUUAUAAGAUUGCUGAUCAUGAAAAGGUCGAUGAUCUGGGCCUCAAAGAUAAGGAAGGUAGCUUUAUGGUAGACCCUAGUUUGGAGCUUCCAUCUUUCGAUGAAUCUGAAGAGGAGAAACACAAAAAACAAGAAGAUCAUCCUGAGGUGGAUGGAAGAGAGAACCUGUGCAAGUAUGAGGAGGACUCUUGGCAAAUUCUGGUACCAAAAUCUUGUACCAAAAAGGAAGAACACAAGACGUUUUUUGAACUCCUGUCCUUUUGGAGAAAGAAAGAGAAGGAGAGAUAUAGAAGAUAUUUGAAUUAAAUUUGGUAAAUCUCAGCUCUCAGGAAUCGACAGCUCCUCCUGUUACUAAUUUGAUGAUGUUGAUGAAUGACAGUGCAAGAUUUCUCAAAAUUGUAGACCUGUUGGUGUCUUUGGACCCCUAACUUGCAGUAACAAGAAAAAGAAAACAGGGGAAUUUUUAAACUGAUACACAAGAUUUGAAUAGCAAAGACUAGUACGAUACCAGGAUUUGAUUUCAAGACAUCAUUUUCUCGGUUGAUAAAGGGCGUAAUGUGAAAUGAUUAUUUCUUCUCUCAAGAAGGCACUGCCUGCCAUGGCAAAGUGUUGGAUCGCAUAGGAUCAAGAGAACUUUGAAGGGUGUCGACAACAUUCUGUGCUCUAGCUAAAGAAAGAUGGAAGAUGUUGGAUGCCUGGCAGACAGCAUAAAAAAGGAGUUAAGCUUUGAGUCUGAACGAGGCCAUUUGUUUUGGUUUCUUUGCAAUCAGGCCCCUUUUCUCAAUAUAUACAAUGUUUUGCUACUCAAGGAGUAACCUGUCCGACAAAUAACACCUUCCUUAGCUUUAUCUAUGCGUUGGUUGGUAUCGGGGAUUUUGUGCCGUUGAUUAUUUGCUUUAAUUAAACCAAGACGGUAAAUUUGUCAAUCCCCAUUAAACAUAUUCAAAUGGAGUCCCUUCUCCCUUGUA